UUGGUCAAAUCAUAAUGUAACAAAAAUUUAUUCGCUUUUUUUUCCCUUUCUCAGUUUUUUCAUUUCUCUUUUGGGUGUUCUUUGAGGUUCGCUUGUACUUGCUAUUUGUAUAUCAUGGAAGAUAACAGUUCGCCCGAUGUUCCUACGCCAUGCACUGCCGGCUGCGGAUUCUACGGCAACAAGAUUUAUAAUAAUAUGUGUUCCAAGUGUUUUAGAGAACACGCGGAACGGAACAAAAAAGAUGAUUUUACUCCCGUGGAAGGAUUGAAAUCCUCACCCAGUCCACUCAAUGAUAAAUCACCGUCAACCAUUGACACAUCCAUACCUUCAGACCAUGCUACCUGUACACCUACACCUACCGAACCGGUCACAACCGAGCCCGUCGUCAAGGAUGCUGAACAACAAGAAGAGGACCCUGCACCAUCGAGACCUGUACAAACCAAUAAGGGCCGGUGCUUCACUUGUCGAACAAAGAUCCCAUUAUCCAAACAGGUGACAAACAAAUGCCGCUGUGAAUACGUAUUUUGUGACGCACACCGGUACCCUGAUAAACAUGAAUGUGAUUUUGAUCAUGCUUCCAUGGAUAAAGGGAUUCUUGCCAAAAACAAUCCGAAGCUGAACGAGCGACCGAGAGGUGGACGAUCUUUCCAACGACUCGACAGCAUGUAAUCUGUUCUACGAUUCAGAUCAAAUUCAAAAAGGGUCUUAUCUCUUUUUCUGUUUCUUCUCUCUUUUCAUUGUAUGUUGGAUUUUUUUUUUCUCUGUCCCUACCUCUUUUCCCAGGCUUACAACUUCCUUCAUAAUUGGCACACGAAAAGACCCCCCAAAAAAAACCUUCUCUUUUCCAAUUCUAUUACGGAUCGAACCGCUCAAAAUCCUUGCUCUUCCUGGAUUUCCUAAGUCCACCCGAUCCCUCCAGACUUCCCUCAAUCUCUCCCCUUCCCCUCCCCCCCUUUUUUUUUUUUUUGUUUAUCACGACUUUGGUUUCCUUCAACGGAAUUCGAUCUUGGCACGUGAGUGAAGGAAUCAUCUUCCGUCUCCAUCAUCUUGCGGAAUUUAAGAGGAUCAAUAAAUGAACGUGACGAUGAAAAAGAGCUUCCU